CGCACAGAUGGCCACGACUGGACUGCUUGACUACAGCCUCGUUAGUACCUGAGACCCAAUCGUGACUGCCUACCCUGAGAAACUGAGAGUUGAGUGGUGAAGUCUGUUGGCUUUGUUGGCGCGCCUUCCCUGCUGUUGUCACGGCUGCUCCUUUUGUAAGCAUUGCAACUCGGCGCGACGAGAAACCUCAUCCUCACGCCCGCAGCCGCACCCUUUCAACAACACCUUCCUAUCGCUCUCGAAUCGAUCUCCCUUACUCUCCUCAUAUCGUACCGCACUGGCGCUGCUUACUCGUCGAUAUGCUUGUCCCACGCUACUUCUUGUUCUUCGCCGCGUUGUUGACACUCUUGGUGACAGCGCUACCCGCCACUGCUGAACCACCAUUUCCGCCGUGCGUCGGUGGCUCGAUUUACUUUACCGCUCACACCAUAGACAGCCUGCUAUUCCAAAAUCCAGACCUCUACCACGAUCUCUACGUCUUCAAAUGCAUCACCACGAUCGUUCUUACUGCAGAUAGCGGCGGUGAAGCAGCCAAUCACACUCGUUUGCUAGAGCUUGAGCGUGGUCUCGAAAAUGCUUACAAGUUCAUGUCUGAUGUGUCAUCUGGUGAUGCAGAUGACAACCAGUCUGUGUCUGCUCUCACAGAGGCAACAACACUUGCCAACGAUACGACGGCCCAGAUUGGGGAGCACACAGUCUCCGUCUCUCCACUUCUCGGACGCUCGAAUGUACAGAUCAUUUACCUUCGCCUUCCCCAGAGCGAAUACUUCGGGAAAGGAUACAAUGCGUAUUCUGAAGAGUCACUAGCCAAACUAUACAACUCGGAGAUACCGCAAAUCUCUACGACGGACGGAAAGGUCACCUACACUCUUCAGCAUGUAAAGGACAUCAUCGCAACGAUCAUCAGGGAUAGACGGGCAAACGACAUCCAUAUGCUGAACUACUUCGAAGCUCUCAACACCGAUGAGGGCGAUCAGCUCGACCAUGCCGACCGCAUUGUCUCUGCCAAGCUUGUGAUGAACGUCAUGGAGGACAUGGGUUUCAAUGGAAAUGUCAAGGUAUACGCAAGCGACUCAUUACGCAUGUUGCGAAACAACCUCAACACACCAGACUACAUCAAGAAGGUCGAUGCAUUCUUCGAAUACGCUAAGCAUGAUCCUGAUAUGUGUCAGAGUCUUGAUGAGUGCGGUCAGAGGCGCCAGAACUUGGAUGUCUCCAAGACUAAAUACGCCGAGGUAGACCAUGUCGCUGAGUUUCUGAAGCGGGAAUACUACGUCGAAUAAGCCUCUUUAGUGUUUAUUCCAGGUGAAGACAUGAACCAGAGAAGGACACAUCCAGAACCGAUGAUGAUAUUCUGUCCAUGAUGAAAAGGACGUU